CGAAAAUGUCAGAAAACUACGAGUGCUUUUAUCAAGGAGAGUUGUUCCCGCGCAGGCAAAUCACGCCAAGCGGUUCCAGUGCCUCGCGGUGGGCAAAUGAUGUCAAUUUCCAGGCAGUGGACGAACUUGCGAGGAAUCUUCAUAACAGCGAGAUUAAUUUAUCAGUUAUGGMAGGCUCCAAGAGUGGCAUCAAAGUCGAAUUACAAAACGAGAAUUUGUGGCGUGUCUUCCGAGAGCAAGAAACUGAGAUGAUUAUAACUCGUGCUGGGAGACGGAUGUUCCCAAUCCUUGAUUUCAGCAUAACUGGCCUUGAAUCGAAUGCAUACUACAGUUGCAUGAUCCAGAUUAUCUCAGCCGACAACCAACGCUACCGUUUUGACGUUAAUAAUGAGAAAUGGUUGGUGACAGGCGAAGCGUCGAAGCCUGAAAUCGUAAACAAUGAUUACAUGCAUCCACAUGGAUCGGCUCUGGGCAAAAUCUGGAUGAAAGAAGGUGCCAGGUUUGACAAGGUUAAGCUCUCAAACCACCACAAGCAGUUUUCUGAUUUCAUAAUCCUUACGUCUCUGCAGAAGUACAGAGCCCAGUUGGUUAUGACAAAGAUUGGUGUUCCACAGUGCGAGCGAUGGAUCUUUGACUUUCCAGAGACAGCCUUCAUUGCCGUCACGUGUUACCAGAACCCGAGUAUUACGAAGCUCAAGAUCGACUACAACCCCUUUGCAAAGGCGUUCAGGCAAGGAAAAAGACCAGCAAAGCGGCCCGAAUCUGUGAAACCAAAGGUGGCAAGCUCUUCUCAGAGAUCCAAACGUCCUCGUAUUCAUCUCUCGUCACCACCCCCAGUGACACGACUUCAGCCCCCUCCCCUGGGGCACUUUCCUGAGGAGGCUCCAAGAAGGGCAUCGUCGCCCCCACCCCCUCCACCCCCGCUGAAUUUGUACUCAUGUCAAUCACUGCCUACACGGGAUAUGCUGCAGGAAGAAAUGGCAAUGCAAAGUGGAAGGUGCAUUCCUCUUGUCAACGAUCCAAUCCUAUGGGAACAAUCACAUCCAAUGACGUCACAUAGAACAUGUCUUCCACCAAUCAGCACGAGCUUCCGGUUAGAUCACGCACCUCAGCCUCCAUUGUUCUUCAAACCUGAUCCUCAGAGCUACUGCCCCGGAUGGCAUCCCGACUUCCAGUACCAGGACCACUUCAGCAAUCACUGUGGCAACGGUCACUUUGGUAACGGCUGGAUGACAGGAGGCGGAUUUGGAGGGCUUUUUGAUGAAGUCCAGUUACGUCACCAUGGUUAUGAUAGCAGACUUCCUUAGCAACGCGAGAAGAACGGUUUCUAAGGACCUGUCUAGUCGACAAGACAAUUGCAAGGGUACGAUUGAAAAAAAAAAACAUUCUACACAAUCCGUUUUAAAGGGCCUUGUGCAUACG